UGAAUUGUAAAGGUAAUAUUUGCUCAAGUGAGAUUUUCUCCUCAAUCUCAAAUCUCUCUUCGUCCACGACGUCCACAAGAAUCCACCCAGUGGCGAAACGAGGGAGUAAUGGCGCUCGCUCUCUCCCCCAUCUCCAUCGCUCCCUCUAAACCCUACUCCUCUCUCGGACGAACCCUAACCACCACCACCACCACCACCACCACCACCACCGAUCAUCUCCCCUUCGCACAUGGCGUUCGCCUCCGCCCCUCCGUGCACUCCCUCCCCCUCCGCUACUCGAAGCGGCGGCGCACCCGAGGGAGAGGAGGCGGCGGCGGAGGAGAAGGACGCGGCCUCGUCGGCGUCGUCUCCGCCUCCGCCGACUACUACUCCACUCUCGGCAUCUCCCGCUCCGCAACGAACAAGGAGAUCAAGGCCGCGUAUCGGCGAUUGGCGCGCCAGUAUCAUCCUGACGUGAACAAGCAACCUGGUGCAACUGAAAAGUUCAAGGAGAUAAGUGCUGCUUAUGAGGUACUGUCAGAUGAUAAAAAGAGAGCUUUAUAUGAUCAGUAUGGUGAAGCUGGUGUUAAGAGCACAGUAGGGGGUGCAUCUGGAGCGUAUACGACCAAUCCAUUUGAUCUAUUUGAGACUUUCUUUGGUGCAAGCAUGGGCAACUUUUCUGGCAUGGAUCCAAGUGCAUUUGGAACACGAAGGCGUGGAGCUACUAUAAAGGGUGAAGAUAUAAGAUAUGAUGUCAUGUUGGAGUUUUCAGAGGCUAUUUUUGGAGCAGAAAAGGAAAUAGUACUAUCUCAUUUGGAAACAUGUGAUGCAUGCUUAGGCACUGGAUCGAAGGUUGGAUCUAGGAUGAGAGUAUGUUCAACUUGUGGUGGACGAGGUCAAGUAAUGCGAACUGAGCAAACACCUUUUGGUUUAUUUUCCCAGGUUUCCAUUUGUCCAACUUGCGGAGGUGAAGGUGAAAUCAUUUCAGAGUAUUGCCGAAAGUGUGCUGGGGAAGGGCGUGUUCGCGUUAGAAAGGAUAUUAAAGUGAAAAUUCCUCCUGGAGUUAGCAAAGGCAGCACUCUUCGUGUACGUGGUGAAGGUGAUGCAGGACCUAAAGGGGGGCCUCCUGGAGAUCUGUAUGUAUGCCUCGAUGUGGAGGAAAUACCAGAGAUAAAGAGAGAUGGCAUCAACUUGCGUUCAACUGUUUCGAUAAAUUACAUAGAAGCCAUUUUGGGCACUACUGUAGAGGUGAAGACAGUUGAUGGGAUGACUGAACUUCAAAUACCUCCAGGGACCCAACCUGGUGAUGUGGCGGUUCUUGCGAAGAGAGGUGUCCCUAAGUUGAAUAAGCCAUCAAUACGUGGCGAUCAUUUGUUCACUAUCAAGGUCACAAUACCGAGUCGUAUCAGUGGCCGUGAGCGUGAGUUGCUUGAAGAACUUGCAUCACUGAGUAACAAAAACGCUGGCCGAUCUCGUCCUCGUAUUAAUGCCAACCCACAAAUCAAAAGAACUGAAAGUGAAAAGAGUCUUGAACCUGAAGAGUCAGAUCAACAACAGAAUGACUUAUGGCAGAAGCUAAAAGAUUUUGCUGGGUCGAUUGCCAGUGGAGCUGUCAAGUGGUUGAAAGAUAAUCUUUAGAUUCAUAUUUUUUCCACAACUGUAUAAGGUAUGCCUGAUCUUACAUAGUUUUGCACUCCAUUAUAUCAUCAUGGCAUUCGCAUUGACAUUCUGAGGGACUUUGCACGCCGGAAGGAUUUGAAAUUUGAACGGAUUAAAGGACUCUUAUUCUUUUUAUCGGUUAAUCAUUUUUUUGAUGAUCCCUGUAAAGAUAGGUUCUAGUAGCUAAUGCUGCAGUUCAAUAGAAAUUAUGUGAUAAAGGAGGUAGAUGGUCAGGGCAAUGUAAUUUCCUCUUUUCCCUGCCAAACCCUUCAGUUUGUUAUAAAGAAUAAUUAAGAGUAGUUUUUUUUUGGGUAAUUUUCCUUUAGCUUUGAUAUAAUGCGUGAGUGCUAUGAAACUCAUUGAGUUCAAUCUAAACCAGAUUCAAUGAAACUAUUGGCAUUUAUUAUGUUUUCUC